AUGGCGUCUCCCCAACCAGGACCUGGCCCUUCAUCAACCCAACCAACAGCUACACCAAUUGUAUCGACGAGUUCCUUACUUCUGACCCGUGCGAGUUCCGCCUCAACAACCACAUCCUUUCCACCGUUGACAACACCUUGGGGAAGCCCGCAGAGCUGCACUUGGACAUAUGUAGUCGACCAUCCGAAGGAGUCGGCGUCACCAGGCGCUGUCGCAUUUUUGGACCUGGAGCCUAUGCCUGGAGCCAACACUUUAUCAUGUUAUCCUAACGGCAUGUUUUCAUAUGGCCGUACCGGCAUAUUUAGUCCCGGAACCUGUCCAGUUGGGUGGACGACAGCUUCACUUCAAUCAGGUACGGAUGGAUUAUCAGGCACGGAGCGGACAACAGCUAUUUGUUGCUCCUACGGAUAUUCUCUUCAUGGAUCAGACUGCCGACGCUCGGUAGCUACAGCGCUUGCUGUCCCCAUCACCUACAACAACACAGCGGGGACCUAUGAUGUUCUUACCCGCUCAACGACGACCUUGUACAGUGCUAUGCUGGCAGUCAGCACCAUCCGGGUUCUAUUUGAAGAGGAGGACAAGAAGCAGCUGGGAAUCGGCACAAAGGGAAAGGGUCAAUCUCAACCCUUGUCUAUGAGCGCUCGCAUCGGUAUCGCAGUUGGCGUUUGCGUGUUCAUACUGCUCUGCCUUGGUCUGAUCUAUUUCCUACUUGCGAGGAGGCGUCGCUCUCGGGAAGGUUUGACGAAAGACCGUCUAAUGCGGGACUUGAAAAGCAUGCACCAACGUGGGCCAUCGGCCGGCGAUGGUCCAUACUCUGGGGCCCUGAGCAUGACUUCCACCAACUCUAACACACCGAUGACCUACGAACAACGUGAGCCACCACCUGCGUAUGACCCGGGCCGCACAACGAGGAUUUCGGGAGGUCGUGACGGCGACGGCGGCAGACGGCGAGACGGCGAGAUCAUGGCGCUCACCGAACAGAAGGCGGUUAUACAGCAACGCAUUGAGGAGCUGCAAAUGCAGGAAACACCGCGAGACACGACAGGGAUGCAUCAACACUGA